AUGCACAAUACGAGUCUUAGAAAAACGGCAGAAGUGAAAAGAAAAGAAGCAAAGAAAAACCAAAUAAAAAAAGCAGAACUAAGAAAAUCAGAUAAAUUAAAUGUGCAAUAUAAUCCCCCCCAAAACAUAUAUUCAUCUGAUCGAUCAGAAGAUAAAUAUUGUCUUAAUAAAAGAAAAAGCAAGACUCAGAUAAUUCACUUUGCCAAUGGCCUUCAUGAAAGAUAUGAAAACUUACCAAUAGCAAAUAAUAAUUAUAAUGAAAUAAUUACUUCGAAAUGUAGUACAAAGAAUAAGGAAAAUACUGAGAAAGAUCUCUAUACAAAUCACAUAAACAAAAAACACCAUAUUAAUAGAGAUCCGAUAAAUUUUAAAAUUUUAACAAGUUUAUAUAAAUGGAUAAAUUCAAAAAAGUUACACAUAAAUAUACAAUUAAAAACUCCUAAAUUAAGUAAGCAAUCACCUACUUAUAUGAACAUAUAUAGCAAUUAUAGCCUUACAAAACCAAAAUUACUUUUUAUUAAUCACUUAUCAACAAAAUAUAAAAAUAAUGGGAAAAAUAAAUACGUGAAAAAGUAUCUUAGAAAAUAUGAAGAAUUGUAUGAAAAAUAUAAACCUGAAUUAGAUGACCAGAAUGAUACCGAUAUAACAUCACAAAAUAACCGAGAACCUAUGUCGAAUUAUUCCAUUGAUGAUUUUUUAAUACAAAAUAAAAACAAAGAUUAUAAAUCAACAUUAGUUUAUGAUUAUAUAUCAAACUUACAUAACAAUGAAUAUCAAAAUGUUGAAAGUGUAAACAAUUUUAUAAAAAAUAAUGAAUUAUUUGAUCUAAAUGAAUGGAAAAAAAACGGAAAACCAUAUUUAAUAUAUAAAUAUAAAUACAAAUAUAAAAAUCCAAUAAAUAAACAAAUUCAGUUUUAUGAAUAUGAAUAUUAUAUUCCUAAAUUAAUAACAUAUGAAGAAGAUAUAUCUACUGAACCCAAAUUCGUAUCACCUGAUCUUAAUUCUACAAAAUGUUAUAACAAUUCACCUAUAAAUUUUAUAACAACUAGUGGUUUUAGUAGUCGUAAUAUUGAUACAUUUGGUAAAGAACGAAAUAAAAUAUAUUCAUUUAAUACUCCAACAGAUGUUAAAAGAAAUAUUUACUUUAAUGAUUUGAUCAAAAUAUCCUCUUCUUACAAUCAACACUUUUUUCACAAUCUUAAUUUUUUAUUAAAUUUGUACACAUUGCAAAUACUUAUAAGGGACAAAACUGCUAUAGAAACAGAUUAUAUAAUUGACAAAUUUGAUCAACUAAAGGAUAAACUAAUACAAUUAAAUAAUCACAAUUCCAUCAAACACAAUAAUAAUAUCGAAUUACCUUCACAAAAAUAUGAAGAAAGAAAUUCUCAUGUUAGUGAAUCAUUUAUAAAUCCUCAUUCUAAAACCGAACAAAUUACUCCUCAAAAUUCUGACGGCCAUUAUGAGGAUAUAAACUCUCUACAAUCUUGCGCCAGCUUUGGAGAUAAUAUUAAAUCGAAUGGGGAAAAUUCCUCUGAUCAAGAUUUUGAAAAAAAGGAAAAUAUGAAGAACGAGCUUAGUGACAAUGAACUGGAUAAAGAAAUAUCACGCCAUCUUACUCAUAAAAAAAGCUCGUUUGAUGAUAAAAUUCAAAUUUUUAAAAAUAAAUAUAAUGAAAAUAUCUUAGAAGAUACUGAUUUUAUUAAAUUAUGGAAAUAUGAUAAAAAUGGUGAAAUAAUUGAAUCACUUAAUCAAGUCCCUGUACCAAAAAUCUAUCUAAAUAUUGAUUCCCCCAAAUAUUGUUUAUGGAAAAUUUUACAAAACUCUGGAAAAAGUGCAUAUAGUGAAAUUCCAACACCUAACAGAAAAUUAGAAGCAUGGAGGCAACAAGUAAAUUUAAAAUCUUUUUAUAAACAAAACUUUGACACAAGUAUAAGCUUAAGAAAUAUUUCAAAAGAAGAAUUAUCAAAUUUUAAAAUGAAAAUAGUAGAGCCAGAAAACCAGAGUGAAAAACAACAUUCUGAUCAAUCUACUAAAAUAAAUUAUCAGGAGCAUGGAAAAGAUGAUCAUCAUGAAGAUGGAAAGGAUAAUCCCAACUUGAGCAAUUCUCUUAACGAUAAAAAAGUAUCCCCAGAGAAUGCUGAAUCCAACAUUUUGCAAACAUAUAAAACAACAUCUAAUGCGUCAACUGAUGAAAAAGGGAAUAUACAAUAUGGUGUUGAGGGGAAUAGCCCAGAUACUGAAAGCAAUAAUGAGCAAUCAAAAGUAAAUAAAUUGAAAGAAAACCACAAGAAGGCAUUUUAUACCCUUGUUGUAAGGGAUGGAAUAAUUGACGAAAUAUUAUCCGAUGACAUAAGCAUUUUAAAAAAAUUAGAUCAAGAUCUUAAAGAAAAAAACAAAUCGAAUGAUGGGAAAAGUGACGAUUUAAAUGCCACAGAACACCGUGAAAAUGAGCAAGUUGGCCCAAAUGGUGAAAAAAGAGCAACAUCAAAAAUAUUCGUAGGUAGUUUUUUUAAUAUAAAAGAUCCAGAAGUUGAAUAUUUGAUAAAUAAAGAAUUGUAUUUCAUACCAGAACACACAAACUGGUAUAAAACAAAUACUCAGCCAUUUGUUCGAGGUCAAAUCGGAAAACAAUCGAGAAAAUUUGAUAAUGAUUACCCAAUUUAUGAUUAUAGAAAAAGUGAUUUUGGUAUGGCAAAAUUUUCUGCAUUAAACUUAGCCUCAAUUAAAGAUUGUGCAGUUCUUUAUCUAGAUAAAGAUAUAGAUUUGAGCGAUAAAUAUUUUCAUAUUAUAUUUAUAUCCACUUCAAAAAGUGAAGAUGAAAAUUUGCAAAACGGUCAAUCUUAUGUAAUCUAUGAAAAUGCCCCAACGGAUAAACAAUCACCAGAUAUGGAAAAAAAACAAACACACGAUGAAGCAUACAAUGAAGAUAAGGAUCACGAAAAUAGUGAUAACCUACUUCAAAAUGAUCAAACCAACAAUUCAAAUGUGAGCAUAAAUCACCAAGAUGAUAAAGAAAAUGAAUCAAAUCCUAUCACAGAUGAUACUCAAAAGAACAAUUCCUACAAAAAAAAUGAAAUAACAAAUUCUACACAUAAUCCAAUAACAAACCCGCGAUUAGUCCUAUAUAUUAAAGAAAAUAGCAAAAUAAAUAUUCACGAAUCACAUAUAUCAUUAAAUGAUAAUAAUGGCGGCAUGGUUAAUGCCUUUUCAAGAAUAUAUUUAGAACAAAAUUCGAAAGUUAAUCAUAUUUUAUCGCAAGAAUUAGGGAAAAAUGUAUGGUAUUUUCAUAAUGUUUCUGUACAAAAUGGAAUAAAUGCAAAUUAUAAAUUUGUUGAUGUAUUAUUGGGCAGUUUAUCAUCACGUGUUAAUUUACAAAUUGAAGGAAACCAGGGAUGCAAACAACAAAGUUAUGGCUUAUCUUUGUUAGAAGGUAAACAAAAUAUAAGCCAAUAUGAAAUGUUUCAUCAUGAGCAUCCUUCUAUGCAAACAGAUCAAUUAUUUAAAUCGCUAGUUUCGGACACAGCACAUGCAGUUUGGAGAAGUAGAGGACGAAUUGAGAGGAAUGCAAUCAAAGCUAAGUUAAACACAUUAUGUAGAUCGGUUUUAUUAAACCUUGGCGCUAGUGCUGUAGCUAUACCAACAUUAGAAAUUAUACCUAGUGACAUCGAAGAAGCUAACCAUGGAGCAACUAUUAGUGAUUUAGAGCAGGAACCAAUUUUCUCAUUAAUGUCAAGAGGAAUUGAUACAAAGAUUGCAAGGAAAAUUAUGAUGAAAGCUUUUGUAAAUGAGAUUCUUGAACAUAUACCUGAUGAAAAUCUUAAAAAUAAAGUUUAUCAGAAAAUUUUCAAGUUUUCUCAAAAGUACAAAGACGAAUCAAAAAAAAUAUUGCGUAUGACUAAGUCAUGA